UCCUUUCUUUAAUAAGUCGUUUCGUAUUUCUAACUUACACAAACUACUGUAACUCGAUAUUCAAGCAGAGAGGAAAGACAUCGCAAUAUCUGUCUAAACUGUACACUGCUCUUCCCCUCCUUCAUAAUUCAAUGCUCAAAGCCUACAUCUAUACACACACUCUAUAUCCUCAAGAAAGUUAACGCAAGCUACUAAUACUAAUAUUACUCCACGGAGUAGGCCUUCUGGUUGGGGAAUAUUUAGGAUUGACACCUUCCAACGGGAUCCGCUAUGACGCCGUCAAAGGCGAGCUCUCGGUUCCAAGCCGACUUGAAGUCGGCCAUGGAAAGGAGCCAUCCCGAGAUCUCAGACGUCAAGAAGGGGGAUGCAUCAGACGAGUUCACCUUCAUAUUCAGCUUUCAAAGCGCAUCCGGCCCCUUGCGAGUCAAAAUAUGUGUACUUCCACAAGAUGUUCGAGGCUACCCAGAUUUCAAUUGCUUUCUUGCUUACACCGACAACGACGUGCCACAAGCGGUCGCACAGGUACUAGAAGAAUCCUUGGUCGAGACAAAAGGCAUGAGGGUUGAAAAAUUCCUCGAUAUAAUUUCUAAGAAGAUACGGAUUGCUUUGGAACCUGAGAUAGAAGAAGACAUUGCAAUGGUGGACCCAGAUGGCAUAGAGUCAGACGAAUGCCCUAUAGACGACACCGAUGACGACGCUAGUAUCGACGACGGAGAUGAUGACAAUAUCUAUGAUGAUGCUUUUAGUAUCCAAACGUUCCGUAUUCCACAGGCACCCAGAGUUUCUCCUCUCCAACCAGCUAUAUCUCUCUCACCCGCGCUUUUAGGGCGCGUGCGACGGGAUCUUCGGUCUGUGGUUGACGCGGGGUUCCACACGGGGAGGGUGUAUGGCCUAGAGGAUAAGAAGCACGAAACUGUCAUCUCGAUUUCGAUUCGUGUGAACAAGCUGGGUCUCUCAAAAGAGACGCGUGAGGCGUGGGACCUUGCAUCGUCGGGGUAUAUUGUUCUGCUUAUUCAAUACGUUCGAGGAUAUAGGACAUUCGAGGACGUUCUCGAGCGGUCGGUCGGCUCCGCCUGUCUGAAGUUUCGCCUGAGGAAGUGCAACAGCAAGAAACCGCCAACCCAACAGGCUGCUGAAACGUUUUCGGGCGAUAAUGUUUCGUUGGGAGGCCCAGAGCUUUUGCCUACUUGGAUCAGUGCAUCGAUCGAGGAAUUCAUGAAUAAUGAGUUUAUACCGUUAUUGAAGAUGAGGAAACGCUAUGGUGGCUCCUGGGAGUCGGCGAAUGAGUUGUUACGCUCCCGAAUUUUCGACCCGGGAGUUGACUCGUUGCCCGAUGCGGCUCCGGAUCAUGUUGAUGUAGGGGAAGCAAUCGGCAACAACAUAGAGGAGCCCACCAACGAAGCAAAACUGCCUACUUGUAUUGCCAACGACCACUUUCUAAGCGAUGGGGAAUUAUCCUUACCGCUCCUAGCCGCACAAUUUGCCUUAAGGUACUUAGUCAGAUGUACUGACUACUGCACAGCCUGUCAUCGAAAAAUGGAAGGCAAUUUUGAAGCAAUAAAGCCCUACGUCUGCGAUAGACCCCUGUGUCUUCAUCAGUACAUGAAUCUAGGGUUUGGACCGAGCAUAGAUUCUGAGAUUAUUAACAGGCCUCAAGUUGUCGAUCUCUUAAUCAGUUUCUGUUACGCUAGCAUAUGUUGUGAUGCUUAUUCUAAAAGAGUCGGCAUGCGAGAAUUUCCCACGGGGUUGGGCCUACAAGUACCAAAAAUCCGACUUAAAAAAGGCUCUACCACAUACUCCAAAAUUCAUGGAGGUGAGCUUGUGGACCCUAAAAAUGUCGUCUUCAAUUGGGACGAGUCUACAGCUAUGCUACCACCAGAGGACGACAACAUCAAUCUAAGCGAAGGCCAAUGGGUCGUUAUCGUAACGCAAACGGGUGCCGCAGGCACAAGUUCGCCAACAAUCGUACUACACCAUGCCCAUAUCGUAUCAAGAAGCGGCUUGAUUCUACUAUUGGACGUUGCAUCACGACAUACAUUGCCUUAUAUGAGCCGCCCCAUUCUCGAUGGCACAACGUACAAGCGUCAGACACCAAACGAAUCGUCGGCCUCUCUUGUGUUGUACAAUGAUGACUUGGAUGAUUUAAAUGACCAAUAUGAACAGGCGUUUUCUAUGAUGCUUGUACUUGCAGCCUUGCCAUCCGUAGACGAUAUGAGAUCAUACUUGAUGAGUAGCGGCUCUCCACCCCUGAAUAAAUGGGGUCGGAUGUCACGAGGUUCCGUGGACUUGUUACGGUGGAUUGUGGCUUCAAACCGAUCAUACAUUGUGCAGGUUGACGACACUCGAUCUCAUGAGAGGAUUCGCGGUGUUGAAGGCUGGAUACAAUUCAGGUUUGCUCAGGGAUCUCGAGAGAAAGAGGUACUUUUUAACGAAGCUCUGAAAGGUAUCGACAAACCACAGAAGACGCUCGUUGCAUGGCAUGGGAGUGCUCUGGAGAAUUGGCACAGUAUUAUUCGCCAGGGCCUAAACUACGACAUUUCCCUUCAUGGUCGAUCUUUUGGUAAUGGAAUUUACUUUGCUAGAGAUUUCGAUUACAGCCGUACCUACACAAACUCGGCUCACAUGGCUAUAUGGCCCCAGUCAGCUUUACAGGUACAGGGAGCCAUCAGUUUAAAUGAGCUCGUCAACGACACCAACUCAUUCGUGAACACAAAUCCCUUCUUCGUCGUACAACAUUGUCACUGGACCCAAUGUAGGUACCUUUUUGUUCAAACCACAGCGAAUCCAGCCGGAACCAACGUCAAACAAACCACAAAUAAAAAAACUCAGGGAGGAGGUAUAUACGAAGUCCCGAAGUUUAUACAGGAUCCAGAAUGGAUUGCCACGGGCCCAAAGAAAACACGUCUGGACAUACCCCAAUAUGCGAUACGCUUUACACACGAAGUACCGGCGGGUUCUUUCACCGCGGAUAUGGAGGAACCUGAGAUGAUCACUAGUGACGAAGAUGAACAAGACGCCGAAUUCCUCUCUCGUGAUGACGGCGCCUCUGCAACGAAGCUAACAUGCGAAACCAAUUUUUGCCCUGGAACCCUUGACUUCUCUACGCUUCCGCUGUUGGCGGAACCCUCAUUUGCAACUGGUACAGCUCAAAAGGCUCUUGGAUUGGAGCUCAAGAAGCUGGAGAAAGUUCAAUCAUCGACACCUCUUCACCAACUCGGUUGGUAUAUCGAUUUUGACAAAAUCGAUAACAUGUUCCAGUGGAUCGUGGAAUUACACUCUUUCGACCCAGAUUUACCUCUUGCGAAGGACAUGGAAUCAGCAGGCGUUACCAGUAUUGUCCUGGAGCUUCGCUUUCUGCGUGGCUUUCCAAUGUCACCGCCGUUUGUGCGCGUUAUUCGCCCUCGGUUCCUCCCGUUCAUGCAUGGCGGUGGCGGUCAUGUCACAGCUGGAGGAGCUAUGUGCAUGGAGCUUCUCACGAAUUCAGGCUGGUCUCCAGCCAACGAUAUAGAAAGUAUUUUACUGCAGGUCCGCAUGGCUAUUUGCAGCGUCGACCCCCAACCAGCACGACUAGAGAAACCGCUCAACAAGAAUAGGCAAUAUAGCGUCGGAGAGGCAAUCGAUGCGUACAUCCGGGCCGCUGCAGUACAUGGAUGGGAAGUUCCCGAUGACUUCCGUAGCAUGUCUGCCUAAAGACUAUAUACCAAACAGCUGCUCGUGGUCGAGGGCUAGUUUUCGCGCUCGCCUACUUGGUUUGCAUGCUUUAUUUGCAUGAUCUACGCACAAGAUGAUGGCCACCAGUCUAGCUUGCCUUGGUGGAUGGUGUGCAACAUUGUGUGUGGACAGUAGCACGUAACAAAUAUACGGACUCUGUACUUCUACACAUAAGAAGCCACGGCAGAUAGACAAUAGGUAUACGAGGCGGUGAGUUCGCUAGUGGAUUGUAAGUUACAUAUAUAUCUACGCGAGGUGGUGGUUAGGACAUUUAUAGACAAUAGGAAAAACAAAAAAAACAUACGUGAAACAGACAAAUGCCGAAUUUCUCCUUGUGAUUGCUGAAUGUGCUCGGAUAUUGUUACAAUGAGUCCAUCGAAAUAUUUAUUAGUCGGCAGUCAGUCAGCAAGGAUACGCCUUCAAUAAAAAUGUUA